AUGUUGGCUAUCGUUGAGCGCCUCAAUCGCCAGAGUAUUGGCAAGCGCAUCCUCAUCCUGACGUACUCGUCGUCGCUCAAAACCGAGACCCGCAAGAGGGCUGCUUCGGCCGGCCUCAGCGUGGACGUACACAGCUUCCACUCACUGUACUCCAUCAUCAUUGACCUGCAGCUGAUGGUGGCCAUCGAGAACCCGCUGGACAUUAUCUAUGACGUCGUCAUUGUCGAUGAGGCUCAGGACCUCUCCCCGUUGUACUUCUACACACACAAGUCUGUGGCUGGCCGCACCACCCAAAAGAUCAUGGUCAGCGACUCGCUGCAGACCAUCAACCAGUAUCGUGGAGCAACAGACACCUGCUUUCGACAACCAGAGCUGUAUUUUAACACGCCGUUCACAAAACUCGUGCUCUCGACAAGUUUUCGCGCCCCGCUUGGGGUGUGUAGUUUCAUCAACACAACGACCCGCAGCCCCAAUGUCAUUGGAGGGAGUCCCGGCAGCAGUGUGAAAGAAACCGAGUACAUUGUGUACGGUGAUGAGACCUACCCCGAGAUUGACCUGUAUCGAGACAUCAAGCUUGUGAUUGCAAAUGCUCUGCGGACCGGCAAGUCUGUGUUUGUGCUGGCACCGAGUGUGCGCAACAAAUCCUAUCGCAGCGUGUACAAUGGUUCUGGGCGACACACGCAGCACUCGUUCCGCCAUAAUUCGCCACGGCCGUCGCCAAUCUCAUCAUUUAUUACGUACCUGGUCAAAUCGCUAGACUUCCGGUUCCCAAUCGACUUGCCCUCUGACGACAUGACGGUCAGGAACGAGGACUCUGAUGACGAUGACGAUGUGUCUAUCGAUUCUGAUGCCACCAUGGACCUGGACACCCCACCUCUGAUUGCUACCGAGCAGCGCGUGGUCUUCAAGACCUAUCAUGAGAGUAAAGGGCUGGAGGCUGACCUUGUGAUCUGCUUUGGGUACGACAUGUCGUACUUUUCGUUUUACGCGAGGGACGCUGACCCCCGCGUAGUCCCCAACACCCAUCACGUGGGGCUCACAAGGACCAAGGGCCGGAUGAUCCUGCUCCACAACUCGGACAGUGCACCACCAAGACCCAAAUUUAUCACUCAGAUAUGUCAGCUGUUCAACGAGGACAUUGACAUUGCCAUUGCGCAGUUCAAGGCCAUCAGUCUCUUGGGUGUGGUUAAGGGACCCAGGCGGAUCAACCUGUCACAGCUGGAUGUUGUGGACACUAAUAACACCCGCGAGAACGUUUCCGCGAUCAAGGACAUGGCCAUCAUGCUGAUGCUCGACACAGUCUACGCAACCCGCGCACACUCGAUGAAGUCUAAGAUGAGUAUGGGUAACGUGAUCUCGGUGAUCCUGAAUUCAACAGCAAACUCGGCCAUGAACCGGAAGUGGCGGGAGGCCUGGGACCUCAUUCGCCCUCGCGUUGGACCAAUCAGGGAUAUGAGCCUGUCCAGGAAGGCCUUUGUGUGCGCCCUGGUCCUGAGUUCACACUCGGUCAUCUACGCUCACCAAAUACCCAUAGUCGACAAGUUUGUCACUCACGUGGGCUGGAAGAAAAUCAGGACCUUCUUUGAGACUUUCGGGUUGGCGUUCCCGCAGUUCAACUUCCCCAUCAAGCAUGAAGUUAACCGCUGCGUCGUCAAGGUGAUGGUGCCCGUCAUUGACCAUUCCAAGUUCAUCGCUGUCAACCUCUACGUUCGUGGCGAUGUGACGAAGGAGAGGAUCAUUGAGAGUACCAUCAUGAAUGAUGUGCUGGUUGGGUGCGGCUACGCAAAGUACACGGUCUACACGGCCUGCUUGGAGUCACAGGAGUACUAUAAGCCUGAUGGCAUGACCUCUAAUUUCUUUGAGCACUUGAAGACACGUAAUACUCUGGAUGCUACGUUGAAUGAUCCGCAGCCGAAAACAAGCAACGCUAUCCCCAUCGCUAUCCACUUGACGGACAUCCCCGUGUCAGAGCAUGUACCUGUGCCUGUACCUGCAUUCCCCGCAACAUUCCCUCCAGGAACGGAUGUAUCGUUAUCGACAAGUAGAGCGUUUGAUAUAGGGUGCAAUAAUCAGACUGUAUACAAAACCACGGACGGGCGUACACCAGACCAUGUAGCCCUCCGCCGACGAUGUGACGACAGUAGAAAGAAUUCAACGAAACGCUGGUCCAACAAGGAGAUCGCGGCAAUGGCCCGGCGUCAAUACUACUACCAAUUGGUCAUGGGCAAACCGCCAACCUCAGAUCGGGACAAAGCCAGACACGACAGCUUCAACCGCUGCUUCGAGCCUACACCAAUCCGGCUCUGUGCUAUGAUUGUAACAAAUACGUACAUGUUCACAUUGCUCGACUACCGCACUGACGGCUGUCUCUGCCCUGUCUGCCCCGGUGGCCAAAAAUUCACCACCAGUCACUUUGCCUGCAUCCAGCAACUGAUCCAAUGCAUCCUGGUAGGCCCGAAACUGCCUCUCAUUGGCCCUGAUCUCCUCCAGCAACUACAGGAGCGCCACGACUUCCAUGGUAUCUGGACCCUCCACGAACACCUUGAAUCUUUUCUCCAGCAUGUAGAACAACCCAUGUACCCACACCCGUCUCUGACAUAUCAACAGAUGUUUCCUAUACCCCGGCUAAUCACGCUGUUGAAGUACUACUUCCAAAAUUCGGUCCAAACCAAUUCAUCGCGCCUGUUGGUUCCACCUAUGAUACUUCCAAUACAAACAAACCAGCACAUACCGAGUGCAUCCGUGGUCUGGUGCGGCAUCGGUUCACCUCCAACCUCGCUCCUCAACCGAAUUAUGACGGAUAACUUGGUCCUACUUGGCAUUUCGUACUCUGCACUAACCCAUUCCACAGCACUACACGAUAAAUACCCGAUCCGAACCACAGAGGUGGGUACGCUAUUUAGUAGGUCAGAAGGCGAAUACGUGGCACAAUCGAUAGUGUCAGUUUUUUGUCAGCACCAGCCUGAAUUGACCCGGCGCAUAUCCUCCAUUGUCGACUCACUUGGUCCAGGCUUCAACAGGGAAUUUACUGACCACAUCUUCCUAUCGAUCUUCCCCGAACCACUACAACGGCUAUGA